AAACACAAUAAAACGCUGACGAAUCUCAUGCCGAGUCGAAAGCCAAAGAAUCGCAGUAGUUGAAGGGAAUCAUUUCUUGACGGUCCCUAAGCGGUGGCGCCAGGCAGCGCAAGCGGUGCAUGUUCCCGUGACAACCCCAUGAACUUCAUUCAGUGCACAUCAGCAGCAGCAGCAGCAGCAGCAGCAGCCAGAUGUCAAGUGAGUGACCUUGCGUUGCCCUUUGACUGAGAUGGGCAAGUCCAAGUGGUGCUGCUGCGUGGCGAGCACGCUGCUAUGCAUGGCGGCACUCGUGUGCGUGUGCGUGGCCAUUCUGAUGUUCCCGCCGUGCUCGGGCGGAUUCCGGCACGCUGCCGUGGCCGCAGACUCGCUGCUUUGCUCUCAGGUUGGCAAGAACAUGUUGCAGCAGGGCGGCUCGGCAGUGGACGGCGCCAUCGCGGCCCUCCUGUGCACCGCCGUGGUCUACCCUCAGAGUAUGGGACUCGGUGGAGGCUCUGUCGUAACAGUUAGAAAUAAAACAGGUAAGGUGACGGUCUACAACUUCCGAGAGACUGUCCCACGCAAUUUUAAAAGCAACCUGUUAGAUGACUGCACUGGCUCAAAAAAUAUGGCAGGUAGUCAGUGGAUUGGAGUUCCCGGUGAGCUGCGGGGCUACGAGGCCCUUCACAAGCGCUAUGGCAAGCUGCCGUGGUCCAAGCUCUUCGAGGAGCCCGUAAGAUUGGCCAGAGAGGGCCUCCAGGUGCCUCCUCACCUGGGGAAGAUUCUUGCCAUACCCAAUGUGAAAAGAAGAAUGGAACAAUCAUCCCUCUGUGAAGUUUUUUGCAACAACAACAAGAGUGUUCUUGAGACAGGAGACAUAAUCAAGUUUCCUCAACUUGCUGAGAGCAUGGAGACAAUUGCCAAGAAAGGAGCGGAUGUUUUCUACAUUGGCGAGAUGGCCUUGGAUUUAAUUCACGACGUCAAAGCCGCAGGUGGGACAUUAGAAAUGGAGGAUCUGAGGUCUUACCGGACAAGGGUGGUGGACGCGUGGACAGUUCCUCUGGGGGACAGGCUGAUGCACAUCCCUCCACCGCCUGCUGGGGGCGCCCUGCUUGCCUUUAUCCUCAAGAUCAUGCAAGGGUUCUCCAUGACACCACAUUCCCUGGAAGGGGAAGGAAAAAUUCUGUUUUACCACCAUUAUAUAGAGGCCGUCAAAUUUGCCAAUGGCCAGCGAAGGAGCAUUCGUGAUCCUUUUUUCAACAGCGAGAAGAGUGCAGAGCAUCUGAUAGAUCCCGACUUUAUCGAUCAUAUCAGGACAAUGAUUUCUUCCAGCGGCACUCACCCGCCGUCGUAUUACUCCAACGUCAAGCCGCCGCCCGAUCACACGGGAACGUCGCAAGUAUCCGUGCUGGAUGAAGACGGACUGGCCGUCUCUGCCACCAGCACCAUCAACCAUCUAUUCGGAGGAGGCGUUUACUCCCCACGUACGGGCAUCAUCCUUAAUAAUGAGCUGGCUGACUUCUGCGGGAAAGUAGACACACUGAAGCCUGGUGAGCAGCCUCCCUCCUCAAUGACACCAGCAAUACUAGAGUCCAAAUCUGGGGGGCUUCUUGUGAUUGGUGGAGCAGGGGGAAGCAUGAUCACCGGUGCAGUGGCCUUGUCUGUAAUAAAUCACCUGUGGCUAGGAAUGAGUCUAAAAGAAGCGAUCGACGCUCCCAUUGUAUUUGUGGAUUCCAAGAAUAAUGUCAAUUUUCCACCCGCUUUUGACCAGUCUGUAAUCGACGGCCUCAAAGCUCUCGGGCAUCAAGUUGGACAAAUGCAGUAUUUUUUUAACAUCGUGAAUGGUGUGGAGAAGGAGAAAGGAUGCAUUAUGGCCGAAUCGGACGCAAGGAAGAACGGGAUGGCAGAUGGAUACUGACUUGAACACGAUUUACAAUUUGCCUUAAAGACUCUCUUCUAUUAUGGUCAAUGAUCAGGUGAACCUUUUUGGGACUUUGUAGAAGAAUGUUUGUGUAUGUUCUAUUAUCUAUUUUUUAUGAUGCCUUUUUAAUAAUUUUUUUAU